GUACACAGCCACCGCGCAGAGCAAGCCCAACGCAUACGCAGCAUGCUGUUGUGUUGUUCCAACAGCGUUUGAAACAUGCAGUAUCAUUGCGUCGUGGUUUAUUUUCACUGAUCUGGCACCUGGACGUCCGACGUACCGAACAAAUGAUUCAACUCAUCGGGGGAUACUACCUCAAAACACCAAACGCGUGAAUCAAGACCGCAGUCCAGUGCCCUUCGCUUUUCUUGUCAAGUUGAGCCAUCUUCGCAAUGUCGUCCUCUGUUGGUGGAGGACCGUGUAUUACUAGUGAGGCUUCACAUCACACAGAAGAAACUUGCAAUGUUGUCAUUUUUGGAGAAACGGGCGCUGGCAAAAGCUCCUUGAUCAAUUUGGUCACUAAGAAGCAUACGGCGCCGACAUCCAACGACACUACGGGAUGUACCACUCAAACUAAUGGGUACGACCUCUCCAUAGAGUCGAUUCCGAGCAAUCUUUUGAAGGUGAAGCUUUUUGAUACUCCUGGUCUUGAUGAGGGCUCUGAAGGAGCAGUUCCCGAUAAAGAAGCCCAGCAAGUUUUGAAGAAACUCCUUCGAAGCCUUCGAGAUGACGUUCAUCUCCUCAUGUACUGCGUACGGGGUGUGAGAGCGAGGAAGGCGCUCUACCGCAACUAUAACCUCAUCCGCUCCGAAGUGAAGGGGAGAGUUCCAAUCGUCCUUGUUGUCACUUGUUUGGAAGAGCAAGAACCAGACAUGGAAGACUGGUGGAAGAAUAAUGAACGAAUCCUUUCAGACUUUGGGAUGACCUUUGAUGGCCAUGCAUGUGUCACUACGAUGACUAUCCAGGAAGAUGCGGGAAAUAGGCUCAAGCGGCGCCAUGACCAGUCAUACAACGUUGUCUGUCAACUGAUCGAGCAGUGUCGCUUGAAAGGGGUUCAACGUCCGCUGUUAGUCGCCGGUGAAAGGCAACAUGGCACUAUCCAGCAGGUACCUCCCAAAAUGGCUGCCAGUAGGAAAAAUAUCGUAUUCACUGAGGAGAUAAUGGCCAGCAAUGGCUCACCCGCCAACGUCAGGGAGGUAGCAGCCACGUCCCCUGACCACCGACGCCGUUCCCUGCGGCGGAAGGAUACCAUCGACGAUCUUAAGGUGCUCAAUACCACUAAAAGGCCUAGAAUUAUCGUAGUCUUUGGGGAUACUGGAGCAGGCAAAAGCUCGCUCAUCAACCUCAUGGCGGACAAAGAAGUAGCGAACACAUCUCCUGACACGAAACGUUGUACGAUGCAGUGGAAAGAGUACGCCAUCAGCUUCGGCGGCGAGCUUUACAAGGUCUUCGAUACCAGCGGACUCGAUGACCCGCAGCUGGGAAUCAAAGAGUACCUCGAGUCUGUUGAGAACGCAUAUCGGCUCAUCAAGGAACUGGAUAGACAAGGCGGCAUUGAUCUGCUUUUAUUCUGCGUUCGCGCUGGCAGAGUUACUGCUACGCUUCAGGGCAACUACCGGCUCUUUCAUGAAUUCCUCUGCGAGAAGAAGGUUCCCAUUAUUCUCGCCAUCACGAACCUCGAAAGAGAACAGAGGAUGGAAGACUGGUGGGUGAGAAACGAGGGCACCUUCAAAAAAUAUCAGAUCCAGGUCGCCGGUCAUGCGUGCAUCACCGCCGCCAGUAGAUUGGACGCCAGACACAGAGUCCUUUAUGAAGAAUCGCGCAUCACGAUCCGCAACCUUGUUGAAGAAUUCACUGCCGACGGGCAGAGGGAAGCAUGGAUUGGAGGGCACAACCUGUUCGUGUCGUUGAUGCGUAAGCUGAAGGAGUUACUUGUAGGGAGUUUGCAUAUGAAAACGAAGGAUCUUGUCCCUCAUCUCACGAAGCGUUGUGGUAUGUCUCGGGAAGUUGCAAAACAGUUGGCCGAUAUGAUAAAGCACGGCGUAGUAACAGCUACUUGACUUUCCCUCUUCGAUAAUUUAAUGUUGCUUACUUUAUUAUGGGUAGUAGAUCCAAUGAAUUGCACGAGGUUCCAUCGUC